UGUAGUUCCACUAAAUUCAUUGCGUCCCAAAUAUGUGAAAGGUUGAGUUUUGUGUCUGUAAGCAUUUGACUCAGUGAGUGGGUAAAGCGCUGAAUCUGGGUUCAGCUUCAGCUUCACCAUCUGCAUCUAUGGCUAAACCCCAUCACCUCAUUCUCCUCCUUCUGCUCUGUGCCACUCUACAAUCUUCUCUCUCCAUUGCAGCUUCACCCUCUGAUCACCUCUACAACGUUGGAGAUGUUGUCCCAUUCUUUGUCAACAAAGUGGGACCCUUCAACAACCCAAGUGAGACAUAUGAGUACUAUGAUUUGCCAUUCUGCACCCCAGACCCAAUUGUGAAAAAGAAAGAGUCCCUUGGGGAAGUUCUCAAUGGUGACCGUUUGAGCAAUGCUUUGUAUGAGUUCAAGUUCAGGGAGGACAAGAAUGGUGCGACAUUGGGCCAAAAGAAGCUUACAAUUGAUCAAGUUGCAAUCUUUAAGCAAGCUAUAAACCGUGAAUUUUACUUCCAGUUUUACUUGGAUGAUCUUCCAUUCUGGGGUUUCAUUGGGAAACUUGAAGAGGAUGGCUUGAUUCCUGGUGGGGGAGGAUCAAACUAUUACCUUUUUACACAUGUUCUAUUUGAUGUUCUGUAUAAUGGGAACCAAGUUGUGCAAGUGAAUGCUAUUGGUGAUCCAAAUCAUGCUGUAGAUAUAACUAACGAUGUUGGUGUUAAUGUUGAGUUUACUUAUUCUGUUAUCUGGAAUGCCACUAAACUACGUUUUGAGAACAGGAUGGACAGAUACUCGAGGGCUUCAUUGCUGCCUGUGAGUAGUCAAGUUCACUGGUUCUCAUUAGUUAACUCAAUUGUCAUCAUUUUGCUUUUGAUUGGUUUGCUUGCCCUCCUUUAUAUGAGGCAUCUGAAGAGCGAUUUGAAAAAGUAUUCUAAUGCAAGUGAAGAAGAUAAGGAGGUUGGUUGGAAGUCCAUCCAUGGUGAUGUACUCAGACCCCCUCCAAACUCAUCAUUACUUUUUGCUGUUGUGGGAACUGGUACCCAAUUGCUAAUCUUGCUUUGUGUCUUGCUGUUUCUUGCACUUAUUGGCACCCUAUAUCCCUACAAUCGUGGAGGACUGUUAAAUUGGCUUGUCAUCCUAUAUGCUCUUACCUCUGUUUUUUCUGGGUACACAGCAGCAUCCUUCCAUGGCCAGUUUGCCGAGAUUGGAUGGGAAAGGAGUGUUAGUCUGGCCGGGAUUCUUUACACCGGACCAGUGUUUGUUGCAGCUUCUAUCCUCAACAUUAUUGCAAUAUCAUACAGGGCUACAGCUGGACUCCCAGUGGGUUCUAUUGUUGUGAUUCUUAUAUUAUUCACAUUUCUUUCCGUCCCAUUGCUUGCAUUUGGUGGAGUGCUUGGAUUCCGUUUUAGAUCUAAAUUGCAGAGUCCCUCUUCUACAAAGAGAUAUCCAAGAGAUAUUCAGCAGCUUGCUUGGUAUUGGAGAACACCAUUUCAAAUGUUUAUUGGGGGUCUUGUUCCUUUUAGUGCAAUUGUCCUGCAAUUACAUCAGGUGUAUGCUAGUAUGUGGGGCUACAAAAUAUACACUCUUCCUAGCAUUUUGUUUGCCACAUUCAUCACUGCCGUUGUGAUCAUUGCACUUGUCAAUAUUGGCUUGACAUACAUUCAGCUAUCUGUGGAAGACCAUGAGUGGUGGUGGAGAUCUGUGCUAUGUGGUGGCUCAACAGCCAUUUUCAUGUUCGGGUAUUGUAUCUACUUUUAUGUGAGAUCAAAUAUGACUGGAUUGUUGCAGGUGUCCUUCUUCAUUGGCUAUAAUGCAUGCUUAUGCUAUGCUUUCUUCCUUAUAUUUGGUGCCAUCAGUUUCCAAGUUUCAUUGCUAUUUAUUCGCCGGAUAUACCAUGAUGUUAAAAGAGAGUGAGUCCCUUAUCUCAGAGGCACAAAGCAAUGAGGUUAUAGAAUUGAUAAAGUUUCCUUCACUAAGUGAACUCUACACACAGUGUGAUAUAAAGGGUAUCCCCUCCUUGAGUUCCUUUGCAAGGACAUUUGUGCAGAAAUUGUAUCCUUUAGUUUAUUUUUCUCUAGAUUGAAUCCAUCUUUGCACAUUUGAAAGAGGCUUCUUGCUGGCACAUUUUAGCUUGGGAGUGGAAUGAUGGAGGAUAUGUUGAAAAUGAGGUGUGAAUUCCUAAGGAGGAUUAUGUUCCUGAGUUGUGAGUAACUUUCUUUUCGGAUGUUACUUUUAUAUGGAACAGUUCGAUUUUUUUUUUUCUUAUUCAUUAAUAUUUACGUGU